UCCUCAAAGCUUGUCAUAUCACAUUGCAAACCCCAGCUGUCAACAAGCCUUCGUCAGGAUGUUUUCCCUGCGAGCCUCUCGUCUGCUAAUUCUACAACUCAGGCCGGCCGCCUUCACUACGACUAAACCUAUACGUGGCAACACAAUCUCCUCAACCCUCCUGAAGCAAGUUUUUUUUGAACGUCUCCAGAGGAUAACGCUCAAAGAAGUCAAUCUUGUCACCGGAAGCAUCGGCAGCAUCGCCACCGGGUUAGCUGUGUGGACGGCACGGAAAGAGUACAAACGAUGGUUUGGCACGGGGCUCCAAGAUGACCUCAAAAAGAAGAUCCUCAAGUCAACCUAUGUGAUAAACAAGAAACCCUCUCUGUACAUUUCAAGGGGUGGCCUGCCCGACAUCAUGAACAUUUUCGCCUCCAAGGAAAAGCAUAAGACGGUGAUGGUUUGUGGCCCGCGCGGAAGUGGAAAGACCGCAGCAGUCAGGGAGACUCUGAAAGGCCAAAAGAGGGUCGUGGUUGUAACACUUGCUGGCGAGAGUCAACAGCUUGCUCGUGCCAUCACCGAGUCUUUGGGGCUAAACACAAACGAGCAAGUGAACCACACCGAGGUUGUGGUGAAUGCACUGAAGGAAAUCCGCAGGAAUCCAGGGAGCUUGGAGCACCCCCCUGUUCUUGUAGUGGAGGUGAACGAGCGGUUCACAUCGUCGAAAGCUUUUGAGGACCUGGCUCUCAUGCUGAAACACUGGGGAUACGAGGAGGCACUCGUGUGUCCCAUCGUGGUCCUGUCGACAUCACGAGCUGCAAUGGGGUUGGAUAUUGGCAUGGACGAGCUGAGGGCUGAGUUUGCCAGCGUUGAUGAUUUAGAUCACGAGAAGGCCAAGCAGUACAUUGAGAAGUUGUGUACGGAGUUGAAAUUGGAGGGAGCCAAUGACAACAAAGCUGUUUCCAAGUAUGCCGAGCAAGUGGUACAAAUCUUGGGCUCUCGGCUGCUGCACCUGGAUAGUUUUGCAGACAAAGUGAGGUCCGAAAACACAAGGGACCAGCAGCAGGUGUCUUUGAAAGAUCUGGUGCCGUUGGCAUCUGAACCCGAAGCCAAAAUGCUCAAAGGCAGCAGGAGAGCCUUGAAAAAGUUUCACAAGCGCUUCCCGAAUGCAAACAAGAAGGAUCUGUAUAGGCUUUUCAAGAAGCCUGGAGUGACGGUGGAUGUGGAUGAGUUCAGCGAGAUGGUCGGUGAGGAUGUGGCCACUGCUCUCGACGGCCUCUCCGACAUACAGCCACACCCCUUCUACGUAGACCCGAAAACAGAGACAGUCAGGGUUGGGUCUGUCUUCUUCCAAAAGGUGAUUGACACCGAUCGUGCCAGCAGGUGGUGGUGGUUUUGGUGACUGUGUGACAGUUCAACAUAGGCUGUUAAAACUUGGUAUAUAACUGUGUGUAUAAUAUUAUUGUAUACCUGGUGUAAUGCAUUUCAAUGGUGUGAGUAAAACCAGA